AUGGCCGCCACACAGAGCUCCAAAUCUUCACCUGAUCAACUCCCAAUAACUGAGCAUCAUGGCCGAAGAAGGUUUCUGGGAGUGAGACAGCGCCCCUCUGGAAGAUGGGUCGCAGAAAUCAAAGUCUCAUCACAGAAGCUGAGGCUGUGGCUUGGCACUUUCGACCGAGCAGAAGAUGCUGCCAUGGCCUAUGACAGAGCCGCAAGGCUCCUCAGAGGAACAAACGCAAAGACAAACUUCCCAUAUGACCAUCAUGUUCAUGGCAGCUUCUCCAAUUCUUCCACCAUUUUUGGACACAGUCCCAAGCUCUACCGCCUGCUUCAGCUCGCCAUCAUGAAGAACAGGAACAGCCGUCCGAGAUCAACGGCUGAUGAUCAUCUGCAGCAGCAGCCAUCAAGAUCAAUUGGGUUUACUGACUCGGUUGUUGAGGACACUAUUUUCUGUUCUUCAACGAAUAAUCAUUCGUCUUGUGAAAAUUAUAGAGGAUGUGGGUUCUCGUUUGGGGGUUCAAAAGUUUAUACUUCUGUGUUUGUGGCUCCUUCUUUUAGCUCUGAUGAUGUGAGAAGUGAAGUAGAAUUAGCAGGAGAUCAGGUGAAUCCAUGGAAUUAA